CACGAAAACCUGCAGAGCCCUGGUACAUACCAUACAGUACCGCUGCCUGCAGAGUACAUAACUCUUCUCCCCCCCGCCCCCCCACUUAAAGCGAAAUCAUGAGCCCUGCCAAAAAGAGGACUACUGCAAUCCCAGACUACCACAGCGUCGACAGCAGAAUAAGAAGAAGCAGUGGCAGUGGCAGCAGCAACAGCAGCAACAGCUCCUCUUCAGCUCCUAUAGCCAUCCCCGGCAACUAUCAGGACUCCGAGAUGUCGGCCCCCGACAACAACAACAACCUCGAGGAGCAGCCGUAUUCGACAAGCGCUGCAAGCGGGCGCUCGACGGGGACCGUCAGACGUGUGGGAGAUACGGAAGCCGGAGUUAUUCCCAGCUCGGUCGAAUCAUUCAACACGGCGCGUGAACGUCCUGCCGGUGGUGCAGAGCAACCCUCAACCCUCUCGAGAGCGUCUUCGAAAUCGUCCCUGCGAGAUAUCGUGUCACCGGACAAAAAAGUUAGAGCGCGGCCGUCGAACAUACGGAGAGCUUCGUCUACACAUCCGCAUAAGGGACAGGAGUUUAGCGCCGAAGACGAACCAGAAGAAGUCGAAGAGGACCAGAGAGCCCGGACGGCGUCAUCGAUCUCGAGCAUCUCGUUUUCCGGAAUGAGGCGACGGUCCCAGCUGUUGCGCCGACGGACUACGCAACAGGUACUACCCAACGUGGAGGACGACCCCGACGAGAGCUCCGAUCAAGAGACGAGCCAGGCGGCUGCCCAGCAGGCUGAGCAGGACGAUGUGGAAGCGGAAGAGGGCACCAUGAGGGCGGACUCGUACGAAUCUAGCGACGCUGGAAGCGUUAACUCCUUUACCUUGAAGGACCGGCAACAAGCGAUCAACCAAACGCAUCCGUUCGGUAUCAGGAUCUGGAAGCCCGCGCUUUACAAGAAGAGUAGAUCCGUCCAGAAGACGGCCGAAGGCGAUAUCCACUCCGCUCCGGGCGGCAGUGUUGGGCCCAUCUUAUUCUUCGUCAACAUCCUGUGGGUUUUGCUGUUCGGAUGGUGGAUGGCUGCCAUCACCGCGUUCGCCGGUAUCACUUGUUUUAUAUUCUUCUUCAGCUACAGCAACCGGCAAUACGGAAUGGUCCUUAUCGGAUUGGCUUAUUACCUCCUUUACCCGUUCGGACGCUUCGUGGAACUGAAACAGGACGAAUCGUACGCCGAGGAGGACGAAGGUGAGGGCAGGAGCAUCAGUGAAUACGAACAAUGGCAGGCGGGCGACAUUGAAGCAGGUAGAACAUUCUUCGGUCCACACACGCAGCGGUCCAUCGUUGGCCGCCGGAGAGAUAGCAUAGACACCGUUAGUGAAGCCGAGUCCCUACUCGGAGCAGGUGAGAGAACCGGGUUGAUCACGGGUGUUACUGUCGGUUCCGAGAGGAAGACGAGGUUCUUCGGGCGUGGCCAGUGGAGCUUUGGGCGUGUUUUGUUCUAUGCCUGGUUUUAUGCGGUGAUAGCUCCUAUGUUACUCUUAGUGUCCGGGGCCUGUUGGCUUCUUGUCUUCUCGAUACCGAUGGCGAAGGUUACUUCCCUUCUACUUGACCAUCUCAGGAGACAUCCGUUGGCGCUAUCAUUCCAUUCGGAUCACACCUGGAGCCGGAGGCCGGGAACGCCCUCGACAUCGAUUUUACUGUGCACCUACCGUGCCGUCGGUUGGAAGUACUACAAGUACACCGUGGACGGUACCAAUAUAUUCUUCAUCAACCUUUUGGGUGUGGUAAUUUUCGUCAUCGCCGAUUACUAUAUCCUAAGGGGCCUUUUGGCCCCUAGUGGUUUGACCGCUCCUGCGACUAUAUUCACCUUGGCGUUGUGUUCAGUUAUUCCAUUGGCUUAUUUCAUCGGCCAAGCGGUUGCAUCCAUCUCGGCCCAGUCCAGUAUGGGUAUGGGUGCCACGAUCAACGCUUUCUUCUCCACGAUCGUGGAAGUCUACUUGUACUGCGUUGCCUUGUCCGAGGGCAAGGGACGUCUGGUGGAAGGAAGUAUAGUGGGCAGCAUCUUCGCCGGUGUCGUUUUCAUGCCCGGUAUCAGCAUGUGUUCUGGAGCGAUCAUAAGGAAGACGCAGAGAUUCAACGCAAAAUCUGCCGGUGUGACCUCGACGAUGUUGCUGUUCUCGGUGAUCGCGGCAUUUGCGCCGACGUUGUUUUAUCAGAUCUAUGGCUCGUACGAGCUUAGCUGUGUUUCCUGUCAGUCCUUGGGUACACCGUAUGACGCCGACUGUCGCAGAUGUGCCUUUUACCAGACACCACCCACUCCUGGCGACCGGUUUUACAAGCAGGCUGUCCAACCAUACGUUUGGAUCUCAGCCGCUUUCUUGUUCAUCUCAUAUGUUGUCGGUUCGUGGUUCACCCUGAGAACGCAUGCCGCUCUCAUUUGGCAGGCGCCUCCGACCGCUCACCCCGCACCCGUCCACGGCCCGAGCAGUGCCCAUGGAGCUGCCUCUUCUGCCGCCGAUGCUUCGCGCGGAUUCGCACGGUACCAGGAUGCCAGUUCCCUUCAUGGAUAUGAUGCCCGCACACCUGCAUCUAUCCAUGAGUCCCAGCUCUACAAACGCAUCCUUGGGCAAUCACUCGGCAGUGCCGGCUUCCGACAGGACGGCACACCAGCGGCGCCAGGAACAACUUUGCAUAGGGCGCCUCCGCGGUCCGCGGGUGAUACCCUUUCACCGGUUCAGGAAGAUCCCAACCAGAUGGACGCCGCUCCACAACCUCCCGUCAGUAUCCCUGGUUUGUCGAGCGAAGAGAACGCACGUCUGGUUCAUGGCGUGGCUGAGAUGGCUGCCGCGGCCGCCGCUGCUGCGGUGCAAGAUGUCCAACGGCACAGCGUGAGACGAACGCCGACGACGCCGAAGCCAGCACUCACAACGAUGGCAUCCGCCAUGGACGAAGAUGUUCCCGUUGGUGGAGAAGCCGCGGACGCAGGUGGUCACGACGCCCCCAACUGGGGCAGGACGAAGAGCUCCGUCGUUCUUUUGGGCGCCACUGUUUUGUAUGCGGUUAUUGCCGAGAUCCUUGUCAAUACCGUCGACGUUGUUCUAGAGAACUUUGAUAUCGAUGAGAAGUUCUUAGGAUUCACUCUGUUUGCUUUGGUUCCUAAUACUACUGAGUUCUUGAACGCUAUUUCCUUUGCGAUGAACGGAAACAUUGCCUUGAGUAUGGAGAUUGGUUCGGCGUACGCUCUGCAAGUGUGUCUGCUUCAGAUUCCAGCAUUGGUCCUGUUCAGCGCGAUCUACAGUACUUCCCUCGCCCCCGAAGACUUGAUCAGCCACACGUUUAGCAUGAUCUUCCCGCAAUGGGAUCUCGUCACGGUUAUUCUCUGCGUGUUCCUACUUUCGUACAUGUACGGCGAGGGAAAGAGCAACUACUUUAAGGGCACCAUCCUUAUCCUGAGUUACUUCACGGUGGCGAUGGGCUUCUACUUUAGUUCGUACGCCCUGAAGGACCAAGAUGACUCACAGAUCGUCAGUCUGGGGUCCGGUACCAAGGGCACGGGGUUCUACAUGCAGGCGAACCAUUAGAUUGUAUUCGGAUUCGUUGUUUACUUUGGCUGAUACCCUCUGCAUAUCCGGUGUUUGGUUUCUUCUUUUCUUCUUUUCUGUGGCAUUCUGUCCUCCUGUGUUGUGUUUGCUGGGGUCAACGGUUGCUACCCUCACCUGUACUAGAGAAGACUAGGUUGUGUUUUUUUACAUCAUUAAGUUUGUGCUGAGAAGAUGAGCUUCAGU